AGGAAAACAGAAAGACGUAUACCUACACGGCUGGCAAGUAAUGGUGACCCAGAAGCCAUCUAGCUAGUGCUAGCAGCUAGCGCGAGCGGCUUCUCGCUUGCACCCCUAGAGAAGGAAGAGGAGGAGAAAGCUCUCCACGAGAAUAGCUCAAACCCUGUCUGCAUGUCUGUCUGUCUGUCUGUGUGUGUGUGCCCAAGGACAGAGAAAUCUGACUCUCACUCCAUUCCCCUCUCUCUCUCAGACACACAUAAAUCGCCUCUGUCUCGAUCUCAUCGUUGCCUUCUCCCUUUUCCGCACAAGGUUCAGAGGGAUCAGAGUGAUUGGAGUGCUGGUGGUUCUUGAUCGAUCGGCCAUGGCGGCGAGACGGCGUCUGCUGUUCCUGCCCCCGGCUGCGCUGCUCUUCGCCCUCUCCGCCCUGGUGCCUUCAUCAGACGCGUAUGAUCCACUUGAUCCGGGUGGGAACAUCACAAUCAAGUGGGAUGUAAUGCAGUGGACUGCAGAUGGCUAUGUGGCCGUCGUUUCGCUGUACAACUACCAGCAGUACAGGCACAUCCAGCCGCCGGGGUGGAAGCUGGGCUGGAUAUGGGCCAAGAAGGAGAUCAUCUGGAGCACCAUGGGCGGGCAGACGACGGAGCAAGGCGACUGCUCGCGUUUCAAGGCGGCGCCGGCGCCGCCGCACUGCUGCCGGAAGGACCCCGAGGUGGUGGACCUGCUCCCUUCCGCGCCCUACAGCGCCCGGAUCGCCAACUGCUGCAAGGGCGGCGUGCUCGGCUCCUGGGCGCAGGACCCCGCCGACGCCGCCGCCUCCUUCCAGCUCAGCGUCGGCCAGGCGGGGACCUCCAGCCGCAGCGUACGGGUGCCGCUCAAUUUCACGCUCAGGGCCCCUGGGCCUGGGUACACCUGCGGGCCCGCCAAGGUCGUCCGGCCCACCCGGUUCGUCUCGCCGGACGGCCGGAGGUCCACGCAGGCGCUCAUGACGUGGAAUGUGACGUGUACGUAUUCUCAGUUCGUCGCGCAGAGAUCGCCGACGUGCUGCGUCUCGCUCUCCUCCUUCUACAACGACACCAUCGUCCACUGCCCGACCUGCUCCUGCGGCUGCCAGAAUACCAACAGUAAAACAGAUACCUGUGUAGAGGGGGAUUCGCCGUAUCUGGCUUCUGUGGUAAAUGGUGAUGGCAAGGAUAGCUUGGUGCCUCUGGUCGAGUGCACCCCCCACAUGUGCCCAAUAAGAGUGCACUGGCAUGUCAAGGUUAGCUACAGGAAUUACUGGAGGGUCAAGAUCACGGUGACCAACUUCAACUACCGGAUGAACUACUCGCGGUGGAACCUCGUCGCGCAGCACCCAAAUUUCGACAACCUCACCACUAUCUUCAGCUUCAACUACAAGGCUCUGAACCCUUAUGGGACAAUAAAUGACACCGCGAUGCUGUGGGGAAUCAAGUACUACAAUGACCUGCUCAUGACUGCCGGGCCAGAUGGGAAUGUUCAGUCCGAGCUUCUGUUCAGGAAGGACGCAGCAACGUUCACCUUCCAGAAAGGCUGGGCGUUUCCGAGAAGAGUGUACUUCAAUGGCGACAAUUGCGUGAUGCCGCCUCCAGAUGCGUAUCCAUGGCUGCCGAAUGCUUCGCCGCGAUUGUCAGCUUCACUUCUACUUCCAAACAUUGCUGUUUGGGCAGCAUUGGUGUUCUUGCAGCUGGUUCAUGCGUAGUAGUAAUAACUAAAGGAGGACUGAAUAUAUAUACUACAUACAGAUUGAAUGGAAUUUUGACCUGAUUGGGCAAAGUUAUAGAUGGCAUCUUUAUCGAAGAGCAGAUUCAGAUGUGCAGAUUACGUAGCCUAACCAAACUUUCAUUGAUCAUUGUACAUUCCUACUUGUUGUACAUCUUUAGCUAAUUCACAUAAGCAUUUAUAUGCAGAUUGACCGCAUUUAUAUGCAAAUUGACCUUAUUUA